AGCCUGCGAAUGGUUUCGUGUACUCCCCAUGCGCCACUCAUUUUGGUUCACAAUGUUCACUUGGGUGUAAUGAUGGAUAUUAUAUGGACUCCGACAAGAUUAAUUGUGAUGAAAGCGCUCUUUGGCAACCUAGGAACGUUUCGUGCAAAGCAAUUGAAAUUUGUCAACCAAAUCCUUGCCUUCAUGGCGGCAAUUGUUCCAUAGUCGACGAAACCUCAUAUACGUGUGACUGUUCCCACACGGGAUACAAAGGAAGCAACUGUGAAGUCGGUUUCUUUACCAUUUUCGACUACCCUACGAUAUACCCAUAUGUUCUUUCACCACCUACAACGAUAAUUGCGUCACAACCGGCAAACAAAGUCCUACUGCAUCCAAUGAAUCGGAAUCUAGAGUUCAGCCCUUCGGUGCUUGUCUUUGAUCGGAAUAGUUCAUUGAAUCAAACAAUUAGGGUGAAAGCUAGACAAAUAGGCGUUUACUUUAUCGCGUAUUCGUUGUCUGGUCCAAGUGCGGGAGAAUAUGCUCUGCCUAAAGAAGAUGUUCUGUUUGUGUACUCGCACAAAAGUGUAACCGAUGAUUUGAAAGUAAGAAACACGAUAGAAAAAUUUCCAAUUGGAUGUUACAAAAAACAAGUCAAGGUUGUUCCUGGAUCAAACGUUUCCAUUAUGAUAUCUUCAACAACUCCUUUCGUUCCUUUUGGAUCAGUGUCUGUGACGGAAGGUGUCGUCGGUAUUGAGACCAAUAACUCUAGCAAAUUUCCCUUAUCAGUCGUCGGUGUGAAUUUACCAAACGUAGGCAUAAUUUCCCAUCCAAUCAACUGCAUAGACAGCAAUGUUUUCCCCUAUAGUAUUGGACCACUUUUGAGAUCACGUGUUCUGGCUAAAUCUUUCAUCAAUGCUGCAGAAAAUAGCUUGCCAUCGUGGAUGAAAGUUACGUUGAGCGAGUCAAAUUCAGUUAAAACGAUUUACUCCUCGGAAAAGAAGACGCACUUCUUAAAUGGAAUCAAUAUGCGCAAGGCAAGCAUUGGGAAAGGUCUACCGGUAGUCGACGAAUCCUUUUAUUCCAUGCUUUCGACAAACAAUCUGAACAUAACUGUGCAAAAUGAUAGUGAUAUUUUCAACUCUAAGUCAGUCGGGUUAGCCGUUGAACUUAGUCGACCAGAACAGUCGGAUGUCCUCUUAAGUUCUACUUCUGAAAGAAACGUCAUCAAAGACAUAACAACUUUAAGACAAAUGAAAAGAUAUGGAUGGAAUUUUAAAUUUUAUUCUGUUCAACUUUCCAGAAAAAAUGCGAUAAAAAGGCCGGAAAAGAACGGUUUUUGGGACGGUGUUGAAUUCUUCAACGUGAAAUCUUCGUCAGACGGCUCCUUUGCAGCGGUAAUAUCGCUCAAGAAACAUUUCAAAAAUACAACUUUCGCCGAUGACAUAAGAUUGGAAUUCGAUGGAACUAUCAUUGCUCAUGUCAAAAAUAUCGAUGAGAUUUUAGACUACCCCUUAUAUCAGCGUUGGGAUGUUGACCUAUACGGAAGCAUCGUCUUCUUGAUCAUGUUCAAAAUAGAAGGAAAAGCUGUCAACCUUCGUUUCAAAGGAGAGAAAUCAGUUAACUAUGCUAUUUUCGGAGACGAGAUCGAAAAUGAAACGCAUCGUGGAAAAAGAGGAUUUUUUCUCAACACGAUUAUGGAAAAAGAUCCCUUUUUUAAUACAUCUUUGGAGCGAUAUUUGUAUAUGAGUUCUAAUAGAACAAUCUCAUGUUUUCUUGACACACUCCUAUAUAAGGAGAAUCGUCAUUUUCAUCAUACAGAGAUCUCUGACGGUCUUAGUUGUGUCUUUAACGGCAUCUUAAAAGCCGGUGACUUACAAUUUCAGUCAAUGCGGGUAAAUCUUCGUAUGGGCAGAUCACUUGGUAAUGAUAUCAAAGCAGACAAUAGUGUUGAACUCAUUGGAACGUACGCCGAAUCAAAAAUUGCAACAUUUGGCAUAUUUAAACGCCACCGAGAUAUUUGCAUGGAUGUUCGAUUUGCGUUUUCGCAACAUUCCUCAAACUUUGCAGGAUCGUUCUGUGCUACUUCUAACAUUUUAGGCGUGGAGAAGUUGUUGAAUGUGAGCAUUUCGCACGAAGGAUUAAAGUUUAAAACUAGUGGUAAAUUGCAUGGAUUAUUCGAUGCGAGUAUGGAUUGCUCCUCCACACUUGUACCUUGGGAAAAUCAGAUCUUCGAUGUUGAGGGUCGGUUUGAAAGAAAGGAAGAUGGAACCGAUUUCGCAAGUGCGUUAAGGAAAGAACUUGCUUCAUUUGCGAAAAACGUUAUAUCCCAGGCCUCAAAACGUAUAGAAGCAGUCAAUGAAACCGUGAAACAAGCACAUGCUAGAUUAGUUAAAGUAUUGUCAUUAAAGGCAAUAGCACUGAAAAGGUUACAGCAACUAAGCAGCGAGUACGCGUCGGUAUCGGAAAAAUUAAGAGCCGCCCAAAUCCGUUUAAAAUCCUUCGAAAUUCAUGCAAGGAAUUAUUCGGAUGAACUUCAUCAACUAAAAUCAGAUUUAGAUGCGAAAGAAAGAUCAACACCUGCGGUUGUUACAAUCCAUCCACCUCCAAUAAUUACCGACCAACCAGAAGGAUAUUUAGCAGUUGUAAUGGGCGAGGAUGAUGAUUUACAAUGUAAAGUUGAUGAAAAUAUCGAGAUUGUCCAUCAUGAAUGGUGGUUCAAACCUGCUAAUUCUUCUACAUUUCAAAAGUUGUAUAACAAAUCCCACUCUUAUCUCGGAUUUUCACCAAUGAAACGCGAGCACGAAGGCUGUAAGAUGUUUUCCCUCGGAUUCUCUGCUGAAGGUUUUAGCCUACAAAAUUUGCAACCAUUUAGCUGUAAGUUGAGAGACUCCAAGAAUAAUACGGAAGGUGUUUUCGGGAUAUGCUCUUGGACAUUUCAGUACAUUGGUAAAAAUAUGACUUCGAACGUUACAAUUGAGGACGAUUUCAAACUCAAUGCUGAAAAGGUUAUUAAUGCUUCUCAGGAAUUACACGAAGAAAUGAAGAAGUUAAUUAGUGCAACAAACAAUGGUUCUCUGUCUUUCUCAACGGCUGACAAUGUGUACUUCGCUGAGAAAAAUAGCAUGGCUGUUCGUAAAUUUUCAUUGGUGUGCCCGAGGUCUCAAGUUCUGGUUCAAAAUGAUUUUAAAUGUGUCGAUUGCCCGCCGGGAUAUCAUGCUAAUCGUAAUGACGAAGAGAUAACAUCAUGCAUACCUUGUCCGUUGGGCUUCUAUCAAGCAGAAUCUGGAAAGAUGUCUUGUAAUGAAUGUCCGAAAGGAUUUAGUACCUGGAACGAAGGAUCAUAUGAGCAUUCUCAAUGCAAAGUAAUUUGUGACGCCGGUCACUAUGGUCUUGUGAAUAAAGGAAUUGGGUUAUGCUUUCCAUGUCCCAAGAACGAGUACCAGCCACGCGAAGGAGAACUUCGAUGUAUAAGAUGUCCUGAAAAUCACGUCACGAAAAGUGAAGGAGCAUCAGACCUAAGACAAUGUUUAAUGGAAGAAAUUGAAUUACCAACAACAGGCGCAACAACGAGAAAGAAAACAGAAGGUUCUACAAUAAAGGAUGCCAUAACGAGGGAUGCUACACCAAAAGCUUUUGAUAAGACCGUCAGCGAUGACGACGAAAAAUUCCAGUCAUUGACUAUUGGUUUGUCAGUUGGCCUUAUUAUCCUCGUUCUCGUUGCUAUAGGCAUUGCCAUUUUCGUUAUACGGAGGAGACGUUUGCUUACAACAAAGGGAAACCGAAAAAUAAUCGAACAGUUUAAAGCGGAAGACAAUCCUGGCACCGUUUCGUCUUUUUCAAAUGCUGUAUAUGACGAUUCAUCCGAUCAUCAUUAUGAGAAUCCAAUGUCACUGAAGGAUGUGGAUGACUAUUUUCACUGCAGCCGUGAUGACUCGAAUGGGAACCCAAGUGAGAAAGUAUUGGGAUUUGAUAAUGCCCUUUUUCAAAAAAUAUCUGGUCAAACAAAUUAGCAAAAUUAAAGUAAAGCAAGAAGUCCUGUGGAGUUUCAGAUUUCAGACUUUAUAGUGAGAUCUAAACUUACCUAGCUACAUAUAAUCUUGGAACUACGAAUACAAGUACAU